GUGACUUUAGUGAUGUCUCUUGUUACAUAGUUGUUGCAAGCCCUGUACCCACCCACUGAACAAAACAAUUAGACAUACCUUCAUUCCAAGGAAUAAAGGUGACGCAGUCAAUCAUUCUUAAUCCAACUGUAUAAAAAGCUCGAGGACACGAAGGGGGUUAUUUUACCUGACGCCUCCAACUCGGAAGAACGCACUUUAACCUCCCAGGACUCAUCGCCAAACCAUCUCUCGCCAUGUCCAUUGUAGCCAGUCGCAGUAGUAGCCGUAGAUACAGCUCACGUAGCGGUGUCGGUUCGAGUGGCCUCAGUUUGUCCGGUGGGAUGCAGUUUUCUAGCGGUUUGGGAGGCGGUAGGUCCCGUAUGAGCGUGUCCUCUGUUGGGAGCAGUCGCGCGCCGAGUGUAUAUGGAGGUGCCGGGGGAUACGGCACCCGUAUCUCUCAAUCCACUUUCCCUAUGGACGGGCCAGGCCAGAUCACUAUCGGUGCCAACGAGAAGCAUACCAUGCAAAAUCUGAACGAUCGUUUGGCCACCUACCUGGAAAAGGUGCGCUCUCUAGAGGCAGCCAAUAGCAAGUUGGAGUUGCAGAUCAAAGAGUUCUACGAGAUGAGAUCACCGACUCACAAGAAGGACGUCAGUGGGUUCUAUGGCACCAUCACAGACAUCCGCAACAAGAUCCAAGCCAGGUCUGGGGAGAACUCUCAGAUGAUCCUGCGGGUGGAUAAUGCCAGACUUGCAGCUGAGGACUUCAAGAUGAAGUUAGAGACGGAGGCUAACAUGCGUAUGAAGAUAGAAGGGGAUGUGGCUCGUCUGAGAGGAGUCCUAGACAGCUUUACACUCACCAAAGCAGAACUGGAGAUACAGAUUGAGGGGCUGAAGGAGGAGCUGGUCUACCUCAGGAAGAACCACGAGGAGGAGAUGCAUUUGAUGCGGACGCUGCAUUGUGGUGCUGUGAAUGUGGAGAUGGACUGUGCUUCCUCAGUGGACAUGAGCAAGGUGCUGGAGGAGAUGAGGACCCAGUAUGAGGGCAUGAUAACAAAGAACCAGAGAGAUGCUGCCAAGUGGUUUGAGAGCAAGGUGGAGGUGCUUCAGAACCAGAUCACCACCAGCACCACAGAGGUGAAGACCUCUCAGUCUCAGGUGACUGACCUGAAGAGGACCUUCCAGAGCCUGGAGAUUGAACUGCAUGGCCUGCUUACUCAGAAGGGGUACCUGGAGCAGAGCGUCGUUGAUAUAAACGGCCGCCACGGCUCCCAGCUGAGCCAGCUGCAGGUUUGUAUCAACAGCAUGGAGGAGGAGCUGCAGCAGCUCAACGUCAGCAUCCAGCAGCAGGCCUCUGAGUACCAGAUCCUCCUGGACAUCAAGAUGAGGCUGGAGAUGGAGAUCGCUGAGUACAGGAGGCUGCUGGAUGGAGAGGGACUCAGGUAUGUGGAGACCAGACAGGAGGUCAGGAAGGUGAUCGUGGUCGAGAAGGUCCAGGAAGUACAACAAAUCCAGGAAGUGGUGGAAGAGUAUAAUCCACACAUGCAGAAGCGGGUGAGGGUGAUCGUGGAGGAGAUGGUGGAUGGGAAGGUGGUGUCCACCUCAGUAGAUGAGAAGGUCCAGGAUAUGAACUAACUGAGAAGGCCAGAUAGUUCCGGAAUCUGGUGAAGUGUUAACGGACCACCCAUACCCCUGGACCACCCAUACCCCUGGACCACCCAUACAACUGAUGACAGUUGAUCAAGCCCCGUCUAUAUAUAUAUAUAAAUAAUGUCGUGGUCACAUACUGUAAUAUGUCCCUUUUGACAGGAUUGCAUCAGCUGAAUGAUAACUGAUGUAAUUUACUCAUGUUACCUUAUAACUCUUAUAUGGCUCUAUCAUGUGGACAAUUGAAUAUUAUUUCUAAGAUGUUUUUCCUGUGGUUCCAUUUGUUGCCAACAUUUGUUGCCACCAGGUGACAUCUCUCAUUUAAACAUCUUUGGCCAGUGCAUAUGUGAAAAUGAUUUCAUUUGAAUAAAGUGUAAACAGAUUAUUACAGUUACAUAUGUGGCAACAGGGAAACUAUGACAACAUUGCCAUUACUGUUGAAAGUUUCCCUUUUUCUCUCUAUUUUUACCCCACAUAGUUUUUUUUGCAUCGAUAACGACAAAAAGCAAAGUCUCAAAUUUUAAGCAACAUUUGGUCAAAAAUAAUUUAUACACGUUUUUUUGUAUACUCCCCGGGCCACAAGCCAUGUAUGUUCUCUGUACUCUAUGACAGGUUUAAAGUUCAUGUUCUGUAGACCUAUGACACUGACGCUACAUGAUACAUUUGGCUGUUAUUAAAAUAUAAAUCUCAAUGCAUUUCAGCACACUGAUAUCAUAAUUGAGGGUCUAUUGCCGUCCUCUUAAAAGCUGGGGAAAAAAACACCUUUGCAGAGUGGAUGAAGCCAACACAUACUGUACCCUACAUUAUAUGAGCAUAACACUCAUGAGUUUCACUUACUCAAUCGUUCUCAGAGCGGAAAGGAUUAUGAUCAACCAAUGAAGAGGCGGGAAUACCAAACGGAGAGCAGGCAGGUAGACAUGUCACUUGAUACGUGAUAAACACGUUUGGGAAAAAAGUGAGGGAGGAAUAGGAAGUACAAAAUUCUGCAGGAGCGAGCAGCAUAUAAGCAAAGUUGAAUAUAGUUCUUCAUUUCGUGCAUUAAUGUCCUGUUUUAAGUUAGUCUAAUUAACUGAUUAAAUACUAAAUGUGAUGCAAGCUAAAAUUAGUUAGGUAAAAUGCGUUUACAUUAUGUUAGCAAGCCAACAGUUUAGCCUUAGUUACCAAGCUGCUAGCUAGCUCAACAGUUUUUGCCUUCCAGUGCCUUCAGAAAGUAUUCGUACCUUUGACUUAUUCCACAUUUUGUUACAGCCUGAAUAAAAUGUUUUUAUUUUUUAUUUUUUAAAUCACCCAUCUACACAUGCCCCAUAAUGACAAAGUAAAAACAUGUUUAUAGAAAUGUUUGCAAAUGAUUGAAAAUGAAAUACAGAA